CAUUUCUUCAUCUUCUUCCCUAAUUUCUCUUCCAAGAGGAAAAUCCUGAUUAAUCACCAUGGACAUGGAACAAGAAGAGAUUCAGUUCCUCGGGCUCUUCGGCAUCUACAAAGAAUCCUACAAGCUCAUCUUCUCAUUUUGGAAGAUCUUCACCAAGAUCACCCUCACCCUCAUCCUCCCUCUCUCCUUCAUUUACCUCGCUCACAUGGAGGUCUCUGACUUCCUCAAGAGGAGGAUCUGGCUAACAGAAGUAAGGCUCGACAACACCCAAGUUGGCACCUCCGGCUACCAUAAGCUUUCCGACCUUCUCUCCACCGAACGGGAUUACUUGAUCCUCUUCAAAGUCGUUUACUUCAUUUUCUACUUCAUCCUCUCCCUCCUCUCCACCUCUGCAGUUGUGUACACUGUUGCCUGCAUCUAUACCACACGUAAUCUUACCUUCCGAAAUGUCAUGAGCGUUGUCCCCAAGGUCUGGAAGCGGUUGAUGAUCACUUUCCUCUAUACCUUUGUUGCCAUGUUUGCUUACACUGCAACAACAAUUUCAGUUAUUGUUUCUAUUGCUUAUUUCUUGGAGGACAUUGCUGGACCACUACUCUUUCUCACUCUAAUCCUGUACCUCAUUGGGCUCAUCUACCUGACCGCAGUCUGGAACCUGGCUUGCGUGAUAUCAGUUUUGGAAGAGUCAUACGGUUUACAAGCCAUGAUAAAGAGCAGAACGUUGAUCAAAGGGAAGAUUCUUAUCGCCAUGGCUAUUUGUGUCAUGCUCAAUCUCCCCCUUUUCUUCGUUCAAUCUAUGUUUCAAAGGCUGGUGGUGCACGGAGAUUGGCGUUCAGUUGAGAUGGUGAACAGGGUAUGUUAUGCAAUCCUCUGUUUCUUGGUCCUUUCUAUGUUGAAUUUGUUUGGGCUGGUGAUCCAGACAGUUAUUUACUUCGUCUGCAAAUCUUACCACCAUGAAAAUAUUGAUAAGAUAGCACUGUCGAAUCACCUGGAGGUUUAUUUGUUAGCAGAGUAUGUUCCAUUGAAGUCCAAAGACGUUCAACUUGAGGAAUAUCGUGUUUGAUUGACAUUGAUGUCAAUAUGAACUUAUACAAUAACAAUUAAUGUAUUGCACUUUAAUUCUUAAGGACUAUCAUGUUUGAUUGACGUUGCACUUUAAUGCUCUGUUCUAAUGAUAUGAUCAGUUAAAGAUUGAUCAACCCAUUAGACAUGAUUAGAAAGGGUUGUUCAUUCCCGUAAAUUUAUGCCCUUUCAAGUUAGAAUGUUUAUGGGUUUAUGGUACCCUUAUACUUGGUUUUUUAAUAAAUAUUACUUUUUGUU